AUGUCAUUUCCCGUUCGGUCGACCUCGCCGUGCGUACGAAAGGCAUUGCACGAGCGUACUCCUUCGCACUCAAAUGAACGAUCACCAACCCGGUCAUUGCGGAUCGUUCCGGAUGAAGAACUGGAUAUGUACACCGCGACCCCAUUCCCGACCAAGCCUGAGCAGAUUCUGUUGCCUCUCCCCGGUAAAGGACAACAACAAUACAUAUCAGACACCGGUUUCAGCUAUUCGGACCACCAGGGACCAUCCACGUCAGCAUAUCCGUCACCGGCCUGCAGUGAACCCGCGGCCAAUAGCCCCAGAGAUCAUUCCAUGGGUAGCUGGGAUGUAUCCUCCACAGUGGAUACCGGGAACUCACCUCCGCCGAUGUGGGACGAUGACCCAUCCUCUAGCAAGUCAUCACUGCCCGACGAUUCGGGGAAAGCACGGGAUCAUGGGGCUGAGAGUUCAGAAGUCGAGUUCUCCGAUGACGAGAUGAUGGUCUUGCCCACGACCACGCCAACGAUAAAAACCGUACUCUCCGAGCCAUCCAUGUCGUCCAAGUCCCCUGCCGAGUCCGUAACGGACUAUUCCAGCCCCAUUCUAGAACAAAUCGGGGUCCCGUCAAGUCCCAACUUUGUUAUGCUGGAUAACUCGAGUACGAUCUUCCACCGUCCCGCUACAGCAUCCUCGGAGUCAGACCCACGAACGAACUCCCUCUCUUCGUAUAACUCCCGAGGAACCGUCGUCAGACACGUCGGGGCUGCACCCUGGUUCCAAAACACCUUCCUACCAGCCUCAUCCGAGCAAUCGAGCUAUGGAUCCCCGUCAUUCCACUCCAGCCCGCCCGCGCAGUCCAUAGCCUCAUUCCACUCGAGCCCGCCCGCACAAUCCAUAGCCUCGUUCCGUUCGUCAUCCGGGGCACCGCUAGGCAUCCGUUCCCAAUCGGCAACAUCUUCUUCUCGCAGUCUUCGCUCCGCUUCUGACUUGCAGGCAGCCAUCGACAAUGACGUGCCUAUUCAAUACCCGCGCAUUCGCGCACCAUCAUCUUCAAGCUCCCGCGCCAGCACAUCUGUUCCAUCAGAACGUGACUUCGCCCCUGGCCCUGCGUCCGGACGUUGCAACCCCCACCUGGCAUCAGGACGCUGGAACCCGCAUCUAUCGACAGUCUCUUCCAUCUGGUCCGCCGAAGAAUUAAUCAACCUCGCCAGAGAAUCAGAAACCGACGCAGCCUGCGUAAUGGAAGAGCCAACAUCACCGCCACCAGCAGCCCUAGCAACAGAAAUGGCCAGAUCCUCCGUCUGGCUCGUCGAUCCCUCCAACGACAGUGAUGACGAGCGCCUCGACAGCCUGACCAAACUCCCCACCCGCCCAGUCUUCUCCCAAAGCCUUUCCUCCGGCUCAAAGCGAAGCAACAGUAUCCGCAGCCUCCAACGCCCGGGAACAGGCUCAAGCACAAUCCUCAACAUUCUCCCAACAUGGGCCAAAGUCUACUACCUCCGUGAACCAAUGGGCCUCAACUCAACUCUCUCAAUGAUCGACGGUAGCCGCCCACCAUCCACCCGCACCGGGACUUCAAAUUCAAGCGUCUUCAACCUAGUCCCAGGACCCCUCAAUAUCCCCCGUCCCCGCUCCCCAGAACGUCCCAGACCCACCUUCCCCCCAGGCAAUCCCAUCCCCCAACGCCGUCUGGAAAGUGACCCCCGCGAUCCACGCGCUCACUGGGUCCCAUCCCCACCACUCGACGACGGUGAGUUCACCGGAAGCCAUCUUCACCGUCUCCGACACAGCUGGUCACCGCAUCUCAUGCCUGAUCGACGUGCCUUGCAACACUCGACCAGUCGGUGGCGACCGCCAUCACUCGACUCGCGCUACGAGCCUGUUCUCGGCCGGCGAAAUAUCCAGGUCUAUUCUUUCUGUCUGGGUUUCAUCUUCCCGCCCGCAUGGUGGGUAGCGGCGUUCCUGCCUCUGCCGCCUAAACCGAAGGUCGCGCAGAUGGCCGAGUUUGAAAUUGGCUCGGACGUUGGCAACGCCUUCGAGGCUCAGUGCUUAAAUUUGCAGCAAAGACGGAGGGACAAUGCGCGUUGGUGGAGGAAUCUUAAUCGAUGGAUGAUUCCCCUUGGGGUUGUUAUUCUCGUUGUUCUUAUUGUCUUGGCUGUUAUUGGGACUACUACGGGGUUUUAG